GUGUGCCAGACAGUGUGCCAGCGUAAACGUGCACGUCCAGUCCGCGCCCGCGAAAUUUCGGAGCGCCGCAGCGUCUGCAGAGGGAGAGACAGAGAGGAAGGAGCUUUGGUCAUUGCCUCAACAAUUUCGCGAUCCAAACCUGGAAAACUGUCCGCCGCCUCUUCCACUCCUCCCCGACCAACCUCUGCCAAUUGCUCCCGUCACGAUAACCUCCACUCCCUUUCCAACCGCGAGAUAAUCACAAAAUUUCAAUAUGGCUGCUCUUGUCAAGGCGAUCAACGCAAAGAUCAGGUCUAACCCUGUGUCGGACUAUGUCUGCUCUACCCACUUCUGGGGCCCCGUCUCCAACUUUGGUAUCCCUCUGGCCGCUGUCAUGGACACCCAAAAGUCCCCCGACCUGAUUUCCGGCCAGAUGACGGGUGCUCUCUGCAUCUACUCUGCCACCUUCAUGCGCUACUCCCUCGCCGUCUCGCCCAAGAACUAUCUCCUCUUCGCGUGCCACUUCAUCAACGAGGGCGCCCAGCUUACCCAGGGAUACCGUUACAUGCAGUACAACUACUGGGGAGGCAAGGAGGCUUCCGCAACCAAGGAUGCGUUCGAGACCGUUCAGAAGAAGGCUGAUGCCAUCGAGGCCAAGGUCGAGACCAAGGUCAAGGAGGCUGUUGGCAAAUAAAUGCGUCCCCUCACUCGAGGGAGAGGGAGAAGCUUGGAAAGGGGGCGAUACGAGGCGGCAGACACUUGCUGGCUGGGUGUGGAAAAGGCCCUCGCCAACAUUAUGACGACGCAAGAGGGGAGGUUCGACUUUGAUGUGAAAAGAGCGCCGAGAGCUUGUCACGAGCCCACGGCUGUGGUGAGGCCGUGACAGGGUGGAAUCCCCGUCGACGGCAGCACAGCAUAGCGUGGCAUAACGUGGCAAUGCCCAGCCGCGGCGGACGGUAGCUGACGGUUCUGUACCAUCACCUUGCAUUGUUGUUUUGCUUUUCGGAAACGGACCCUGAUUCCCCGGGGAAACACUCAGGGACGAGCCUCUUCAUUGCGGCCCGCAAAGUCGUAGAAUAGAACAGCGAACUGUUUCUGGAACC